UCAUCUAUUUAGUUAAAAAUUUAUUUAAGUGUCAGUCUUUCUCGCUUCAAGUUAUAAAAUAAUUGACACGCUUGUUGGAAAAAGCGAGAAAUGUGGUAUUUCUUGACAUCAUUUAUUUUUCUUCUCAUAGCAAAAGAUAUUACGUCAAACCGAUGUCCUACAGUAUUUCAUUCAACUCCUCAUUGUUUUUGUGAAGGACUUUUUUCUCCUGACAAAAUAAAUAUUUAUUGUGCCAAACCCAUAAUAGAAACAAAUACCGAUGAAAUAAAAUUCUUUCAUCUAAAAUUUUUUGAUAAUGAAGUAAAACUAAAUUGUUCUCAUUCACCAGAUUGGUCGAAAUUUAAUUAUAAUUUUCAAAAAUACGCACAAGAACGUAAGGUAUUUACUCUAAAGCAUUGUACUUUUGAACAAAAUACCAAUCUAAGCAAAUUCGCUAAAAUGAUUAAUGCAAUAAAUGUCGAAGAAAUACAUCUAACAGAUAACACCAUUCAAUUGAAUACUAUUGGUUUUAAUAAAAACUUAUUUCAAGGAUUUGACGAAAUAAAAAUUCUUCGCAUUACCAAUAAUUUAAAUUUGACAACAAUUAAUAGUGAUUUAUUUGAAUUUUUGCCACAUCUUGUAAAUCUUCAUCUAGUCAACAAUAAUUUAAAGAGGAUACCGGAAAAUCUUUUUGGAUAUCUUCCAAAUCUUAAUAUUCUACGAUUAAGCAGAAAUAAUAUUCAAUCUUUGUCAUCAAAUUCCUUUCAGAAUCUAACUGCAUUAACAUAUUUGGAUUUAUCCUACAACAAAAUAAACGAUCUACAACCCAAUAUUUUUGAUGCAAUGAUUAAUUUGAAAAUUCUUUUACUUGAUAACAAUAAUUUUACAUGGCUGCCAGAAUACGCUUUCAAGAAAUUAACGAAUUUAAAAUAUCUUGAUUUAACGUCAACUGGUUUAAUAUCAUUAUUAGAAACUGUAUUUCGAAACAAUAAGAAACUCACGUCACUUAAUUUGAAAAAUAAUCAAUUAAAAACAUUACCAAGCAAAAUAUUCCACGAAUUAAUUAAUCUAGAAACAUUAAAUAUUUGCAAUAAUCAAAUGGAACAGAUACCACAGGAUAUAUUUUCCAAGCUUGUAAAUCUUACUUCUCUUAAUCUUAGUGGGAAUCAAUUUAAAUUUUUUGGCGAUUUCACCUUUCAAAAUUUAAUUAAUCUUCAGAAUUUGAAUCUUCGUCAUAAUCAACUCGAUAAUCUUGCUGAUUCCAGAUUCGAGAGAAGGCAAAUGCAAGAUUUUCUUAUUACUUCAGAGCUAUUUCAAAGAAGUGAUUGGAAAAAUAAUUAUCCUCUUGUUUCAAUAAUUUUCAAUUGUUUUAAUCUAAUUCAUCUAGAUCUUGCAUAUAACAAUAUUCAAAAGAUACAUGACGAUUGGUUUCUAUUGUCUAAACUAAAAUUACAAUCUUUGAACCUAACUCAUAAUAGAAUAUCUGAAUUAAAUUUUGACCAAGGUUUGAUACAAAAAGAAGUUUUUUAUAUUGAUUUGUCUCACAACGAAAUAGUUGGUAUAGUACCCACCAAUUUCUCAGAUAUAAAAAUUGUAUCCCUAGUUCCAAUAACUGUGAUUAUAAAUGACAAUCCCAUUAAUUGCGAUUGUAAAACUAUAGAUCUAUUGCGUUAUAUGAAUUUUGAAAUAAAACAUUUGGUGGUAAGCAUUUUGAACAUAGUAUCGGAAAAUUUAAAAUGUCAACGUCCAGAGAAACUAAAGGGACGUUUGUUUUCUUCAUUGCGAUCUAGUGAAUUAUCUUGUGAGUUAUCACUUAAUCAAUGCUACAAUAGUUGCUGUAAUAAAAAAUGUAAUGUUAAUGUUCAAUUUGAAAAACGUAUAUGUAAUGAUGAAACUAAUGUAAAAAUGAAACAAAUUCAUAAAUUCAACUGCACUAACAGAUAUCUCAAAACACUUCCAAAGGACAUGUGUAUAUUUCCAGAAACAUAUGUAGAACUAGAUUUGACAAAUAAUGAAUUGAAAGAAAUUCCAGUUUUUGACAAUGAAGAUUAUUAUGAUACAGUGACGAAAUUAAUUUUGUCCAACAAUUUAAUUAACAACUUUCGAGGUAUUUCAUCGUAUAAAAAUCUCGAGAUUUUGGAAAUUAAUAAUAAUCAACAGAUAGCAUGGGAUAUAACUGAGAAUGAAAUUAAUGAAAUAAGUAAAAUGAAGCAUCUGCAGCAAAUUUCCUUACACAGGAGUCUAUUUGUGUGCAAUAGUAAUAUAAAUAAUUUAAUAAAUUAUAGAAUGUUUACAUUAAUUUCGAAUGUUCGACAAUUAUCUUGUGUGCAGCCUGUUACAAAGGAAUUAAUUUAUCCCUUUGAAACAUUAAUAUUGUCACGAUAAAAAAUCGAGGCGCAUGAUUAAGGAGGUUCAUCCCUUCAAGCAGUACUCAUUCUAUUAGGGGUUUUCCGUAAGUUUAAAACCGACAGCUAUAGUUCAUAAAAGUUGAGCUCCACUGGCCAAUUUAGAGGUUAAUUUGCCGUUUCUCCUCUUCUUUCUUUUAUUUACAUGGGAUAAGUUCAAAAGUUGCUAACUUUGAUUAACAUUUACUUCACAACCAAACGGUAAAAAAAUUUCAUAUUUUUGUAAAGACUGUUAAAACUCAUAAUUUAAAACAUAUUAGUUUUUGAAAAAAAUCUGUAGAACCGUUUUUUUUUUAAUUAAUGAAAAUAUGGUCAUUUUUCAUGUUUUUUCACUGUUCCCAUGUAAAACUUCAAACUUUAUCAAUUUUUAUCUUGAAAAUGAUACGGUAAAAUUCAAUAAAAUUUGAACAACACAUGUAAAGUGAUGUCAAUAAUACAUCUUAAAAAUUUUUAAAAAAUCUGUAGAAAAUCGAUUUUGGGAUGAACCUCCUUAAACCACAAAUUUGUUUUUUCAAAUUUUUAUUUUCUCGAAAAUCGUUUUAUUUAAAAGGAAUUGACUAUAUAAUUUUUUCAAUUCGCUACAAUAAUAAUUAUGAGAAAUGAUUAUUCGAUGAAUUGAAAAUUAUAAAAAAUGUUCUUUCGAAGUUAAAAAAUUCUUUGUCAAAUAAUAAUUUGAAAGUAUUUUUAUCAUAUAAUCUGAAUAUUCGAAUUGAAAAAAUUAUAGUCAAUUCCUUUUAAAUAAAACGAUUUUCGAGAAAAUAAAAAUUCGAAAAAAAACAAAUUUGGGGUUUAAUCAUGGGCCUCAAAACUUCAUUAUAAUUUUAAUCUCUUGGUCCUAAACAGAAUUUAAUGAUAUAAGGUCAGUUGGGGUAAAUGGGGACAAGAGGUGUUAGAACUUAAUUUACAGUUUUAAAAUUAAGUUCAACGUCAAUAUUUUAACCUCAGAUCACCUACAAGAGGAUUUGAGUAUUACCAAGCUUUUAUCCUGACAGUUGGCAGCAAGAUAAUUCAAGUUAUCGCUCAAUGCAUAAAAACUUCAAAAUCAAAGUCAAACUUUUUCAGUAUUUUGUCUCGCAUUUCAAUGAAAACAGGCUUAAAAAUCAUACCAAAUUUUUUUCUUAUUCCUUAUGACUCCUAUAACAGAAAUUCACUUGAAUUUCUUAUUUUUAUCAAUUUGGUUAAUAAUAACAAGCUGUCCCCAUUUACCCUAAGAAUUUUCAAAACUCGGGGUAAAUGGGAACAGCUUGUUAUUAUUAACCAAAUUGACAAAAAUCAAAAAUUCAAGUGAAUUUCUGUUAUGGGAGUCAUAAGGAAUAAGAAAAAAUGUUUGUAUUAUUUUUAAGUCUGUUUUUUUUUUCAAAUGCGAUACAAAAUACUCAAAUAAAAAAAAAAAUUUCAAUUGGUUCAACUAUUAUAUAUCUAAUACAAUUUUUUUUCAAGUUUUUCAUCCCUUAAUACAGUAAUAUAAUUAAGGAAACUUUUUUCUUAAACCUUUUUUUUAGAAACUAUGCUCUCCCCAUUUAACCCAAAUUUUAUGAAAUUUUCUAAAUCUUGGGGUAAAUAGGGACAGUCAGUUUCAUGCGUUUAAAUCUUUUCUAAAUUUUUUCUGCUGCAUAAAAUUAAUCCUGGGAACGUAAAUAACAACUUAAAAAAAAUAAACCCGCAAAUAUUACCUUUUAAAGAAAGAAACUUACGUAAUUUGUGAAAAAUAGGGAUUUUGUCCGCAUUUACCCCAACUGGCCCUACUUAAAAAUUUAAAUAAAUUUUCGACUAUAACAAUUUUUUCUGCAAAAAAAUGUAUAUAUAGAUUUUUUUAUUUACACUUAUUUAAUUUUUAAAUAAAUAAUGAAAAAUUUGUGUUAACUUACACAAAAGAGAAAUAAAAUAAAAUAACAUUUGUCAUAUAACUUAAAGACAAGAGACGUAUGAAUAAGCUCUAAAAUUAAUAUGUUACAAUUUCCAUUUGAUAGGACUUCAUUACUCAGUAUUUAUUUUUAGCAGAAUUUUGAGAAAUAUUAUUUAACAGAAAUUCCAUUUAACAGAAUUUAGAUUUUACAGAGACAGAAUAUUAAAAAAUUCUUUUAUAGUCGACUUUUCAUUUGUUCGAAUUUAAUUUUUACAGAAAUCUUAAAAUGGUGAAAAUUUGUAUUUUACAGAACUUUUAUUUGUUCGAAUAAAUAUAUCUGACAGAAGAAUUGAUGCGCAAACUUUUAAAUUGACCUCAGAAUUCGAAUAAAUGAAAAUUCAUUUGAAAGAAAAUUAAAUGCAACGAAAUUCUACCCAAUAAAAGUUCUUUAAAAUGCCUAUUAUGUAAAAUGAAAACAAGAGAAAAUAAAAAUUCUGACAAAUAAAAAUUCGAACUAAUUUUUAGAACAUAUUUAUGGAUUAUUUUUUUUGGUUAAAUAAUAAUUAGAAGAAAUUCUUGCCUCAAAAAUAACUGAAUAAAAAAAUAAGAACCAUAUAGGAAAAUUUAAUAAUACAAAAA